AUGGAUUACUUGAGCGAUCUUUUCGACUACCACUUGCCAAGCAGUUCAAGUGAACAUGUGUUCAAAUCACGACAAUCGUUGAUCGAUUGGGUUCAACAAACCAGACGUAAAUUAGGAUAUAUCAUCGUCAUCUAUAUAUCAGAUAUUGGUGGGUUCAGUAAAAAACACAGAUUACAAGUCAAAUGUGAUCGCGAUGGCAAUUACCAAAGCAAGAAACCCUCAACGAAGCAGACUAGCACCAAAAAAAUAGAAUGUUCGUUCAAAUUGAGAGGGAGGAAAAUAAAGUUACACGAUGAUUGGGUGGUGGAGGUGGUGUGUCCAGAGCAUAAUCAUGAUCCUGCAUCACAUAUGAAGGGACAUCCACAUGUCGAUCGGCUUUAUGAAUCUGAAAUUCAAAUUAUGGUUGACAUGUCUGCGCAAAAUGCCAAGUCACGGGACAUAUUGACGGAGUUGAAAAAGCGAGAUCCAAACAACGUCAGCACCAUCAGAACCAUAUACAAUGCAUACAAGAAGCACAAGACCACUGAGAGAUCGGGUCAAUCACAGAUGCAAGUUGUGUUCUCAUUCCUCAACGAUCAUGAACCAAUGAGCUCGAAGAUUUGUUCUUCCCACAUCCUGGCUCGCUAG